GGCGAGACGGCGGCGGGGACUGCAGGCGGAGGCCCGGGCGGGCGGCCGGCCGCGGGCUCCCAGAAGAGGCACUGAGGCCCAGAGAGACUCACACACAGGUUCGACACCGCGCCACCAACUGAAGACCCCAAAAGGAUCCUGGUGAUGCUGCCCAGGCUGUGAACAGGGAAGGCAGCGCUGUGGGGGCUGCUGGCAGCCGGGGCUGGGGAGAGACAUGUGGACACGUGGCCUCUAUGGCUCCUGCCUGCCAGAUCCUCCGCUGGGCCCUCGCCCUGGGGCUGGGCCUCACGUUCGAGGUCACGCACGCCUUCCGGUCUCAAGAUGAGUUCCUGUCCAGUCUGGAGAGCUAUGAGAUCGCCUUCCCCACCCGAGUGGACCACAACGGGGCACUGCUGGCCUUCUCACCCCCAACCCCCAGGAGGCAGCGUCGGGGCACAGGGCCCCAAGCAGAGUCCCGCCUUUUCUACAAGGUGGCAGCACCCAGCACCCACUUCCUGCUGAACCUGACCCGCAGCCCUCGCCUCCUGGCGGGGCAUGUCUCCGUGGAGUACUGGACUCGAGAGGGCCUGGCCUGGCAGAGGGCCGCCCGGCCCCACUGCCUCUACGCCGGCCACCUGCAGGGCCAGGCCAGCAGCUCCCACGUGGCCAUCAGCACCUGUGGGGGCCUGCAUGGCCUGAUUGUGGCAGAUGAAGAAGAAUACUUAAUCGAGCCCCUGCAAGGAGGGCCCAAGGGGCAGCGGGGCCCAGAGGAGAGUGGUCCCCACGUGGUGUACAAGCGUUCCUCCCUGCGUCACCCCCACCUGGACACAGCCUGUGGAGUGAGAGAUGAGAAACCGUGGAAGGGGCGGCCUUGGUGGCUGCGCACCCUGAAACCGCCACCUGCCUGGCCCCUCGGGAAUGAAACAGAGCGCGGCCAGCCAGGCCUGAAGCGCUCGGUCAGCCGAGAGCGCUAUGUGGAGACCCUGGUGGUGGCUGACAAGAUGAUGGUGGCCUACCACGGGCGCCGAGACGUGGAACAGUAUGUGCUGGCCAUCAUGAACAUUGUUGCCAAACUUUUCCAGGACUCGAGUCUGGGAAACAUCGUUAAUAUCCUGGUAACACGCCUCAUCCUGCUCACGGAGGACCAGCCCACCCUGGAGAUCACCCACCAUGCUGGGAAGUCCCUGGACAGCUUCUGUAAGUGGCAGAAAUCCAUCGUGAACCGUAGCGGCCAUGGCAAUGCCAUUCCAGAGAACGGCGUGGCCAACCAUGACACAGCGGUGCUCAUCACACGCUAUGACAUCUGCAUCUACAAGAACAAACCCUGCGGCACACUAGGCCUGGCCCCAGUGGGCGGGAUGUGUGAGCGAGAGAGAAGUUGUAGCAUCAACGAAGACAUCGGCCUGGCCACAGCAUUCACCAUUGCCCACGAGAUCGGACACACGUUUGGCAUGAACCAUGACGGCGUGGGGAACAGCUGCGGGGCCCGUGGCCAGGACCCGGCCAAACUCAUGGCCGCGCACAUCACCAUGAAGACCAACCCGUUUGUGUGGUCCUCCUGCAGCCGUGACUACAUCACCAGCUUUCUGGACUUGGGCCUGGGGCUCUGCCUGAACAACCGGCCGCCCAGACAGGACUUCGUGUACCCAACAGUGGCCCCCGGCCAGGCCUAUGAUGCAGACGAACAAUGCCGCUUCCAGCAUGGAGUCAAAUCGCGUCAGUGUAAAUACGGGGAGGUCUGCAGCGAGUUGUGGUGUCUGAGCAAGAGCAACCGGUGCAUCACCAACAGCAUCCCGGCCGCCGAGGGCACGCUGUGCCAGACGCACACCAUCGACAAGGGGUGGUGCUACAAGCGGGUCUGCGUCCCCUUCGGGUCGCGGCCGGAGGGCGUGGACGGCGCCUGGGGCCCGUGGACCCCGUGGGGCGACUGCAGCCGGACGUGCGGCGGCGGCGUGUCCUCCUCCAGCCGUCACUGCGACAGCCCCAGGCCGACGAUCGGGGGCAAGUACUGCUUGGGCGAGAGACGGAGGCACCGUUCCUGCAACACCGAUGACUGUCCCCCAGGCUCCCAGGACUUCAGGGAAAUGCAGUGCUCUGAAUUUGACAGUGUCCCCUUCCGUGGAAAAUUCUACACGUGGAAAACGUACCGGGGAGGGGGCGUGAAGGCCUGCUCGCUCACGUGCCUAGCAGAAGGCUUCAACUUCUACACGGAGAGGGCGGCGGCUGUGGUGGACGGGACGCCCUGCCGCCCAGACACAGUGGACAUUUGUGUCAGCGGCGAGUGCAAGCACGUGGGCUGCGACCGGGUCCUGGGCUCUGACCUGCGGGAAGACAAGUGCAGAGUGUGUGGGGGUGAUGGCAGCGCCUGCGAAACCAUCGAGGGGGUCUUCAGCCCAGCCUGGCCUGGAGCCGGGUACGAGGAAGUCGUCUGGAUCCCCAAAGGCUCCGUCCACAUUUUCAUCCAGGACCUGAACCUCUCCCUCAGUCACCUGGCCCUGAAGGGGGACCAGGAGUCCCUGCUGCUGGAGGGGCUGCCUGGGACCCCCCAGCCUCACCGCCUGCCCCUGGCCGGGACCACCUUUCAGCUGCGACAAGGGCCGGAUCAGACCCAGAGCCUAGAAGCCCUGGGACCCAUUAACGCAUCUCUCAUCAUCAUGGUGCUGGCCCGGACUGAGCUGCCGGUCCUCCGCUACCGCUUCAAUGCACCCAUCACCCGAGAUGCACUGCCUCCGUACUCCUGGCACUACGCGCCCUGGACCAAGUGCUCGGCCCAGUGUGCAGGCGGCAGCCAGGUGCAGGCUGUGGAGUGCCGCAAUCAGCUGGACAGCUCAGCCGUGGCUCCGCACCACUGCAGCGCCCACAGCAAGCUACCCAAGAGGCAGCGCGCCUGCAACACAGAGCCCUGCCCACCCGACUGGGUCGUAGGAAACUGGUCGCGCUGCAGCCGCAGCUGUGAUGCGGGCGUGCGCAGCCGCUCCGUCGUGUGCCAGCGCCGCGUGUCGGCCGCCGAGGAGAAGGCGCUGGACGACAGCGCUUGCCCGCAGCCGCGCCCACCGGUGCUGGAGGCCUGCCACGGCCCGGCCUGCCCUCCAGAGUGGGCCGCCCUCGACUGGUCGGAGUGCACCCCCAGCUGCGGGCCGGGCCUCCGCCACCGUGUCGUCCUUUGUAAGAGCGCAGAUCACCGCGCCACACUGCCCCCCACGCACUGCCCGCCCGCGGCCAAGCCGCCGGCGACCAUGCGCUGCAACCUGCGCCGCUGCCCGCCGGCCCGCUGGGUGGCGGGAGAGUGGGGUGAGUGCUCCGCGCAGUGCGGCUUCGGGCAGCAACAGCGCCCGGUGCGCUGCUCCAGCCACACAGGGCAGCCCUCACGCGAGUGCGCGGACGCCCUGCGGCCCCCCGCCACGCAGCAGUGCGAGGCCAAGUGUGACAGCGCGCCCCCCGGCGACGGCCUGGAAGAGUGCAAGGAUGUGAACAAGGUCGCCUACUGCCCCCUGGUGCUGAAAUUUCAGUUCUGCAGCCGAGCCUACUUCCGCCAAAUGUGCUGCAAAACCUGUCAAGGCCGCUAGAGGGCGCACGGUCCUCGGAGCCAAGGCUGGGGGCCGGCUGGGGAUGGGGGUGGGGCGACCAGGCCUGCAGCUGGCCAGCCUGAAGGAGCCCGAGGGGGGCAGGAGCUGGGAGUGAAGGGUGAGACGGAGCCGGAAGUUAUUUAUUGGGAACUCUUGCGGGGCUCCUGGCUGAGGGGGAUGGAGAGGGGCUGGCCACGCCCACGGCCCCUCCUUUUCCCGUCUCCCAGUUCAGAAUGAGACCCCCUCCAGGGUGGGUUUGAGGUGGGAACAACUGUUCGCCCUAAUGCUCUUGCCACCCACCCUUAGGGAGACCCCCAGCACAACCCCCGCCUUUGAUCGGAAUAUGUACUGUGAAGAGUGGGGGUGGGGAGGGGGUCAGCCGGUGCCCUGCCCCCCGCCCCAGCACUGCCCUACCCCUCCACUCUGAGCUGGGGGGGAAUCUAUGUCCGCCACGGGGGAGGGGAUUAGCACGACCUCCCUGACACCCUCCACCUAACCAGACCAGCUACAGGGUGAGGCAGAGCUGGGAAGAUCCACCCCAUCCUGUGCCCUGCCUGCCCCAGGGGGACCAUGUCAUCCAGGCCACCCCCAUCAUGGUGCUACAGGCCCUGCCCUGGGGCCCACACACCCCUCGCCAGGAAGCCCUACAUCAAUAAAGUUCU